UCUCACUCAUUCAUAUCCAGUGAAUUCUCUUCUGAACCAUUGCAUGCCUCAUCUGUCUUUUCUCUGCAUCCUACACCCCUCUCUUCUGUGCAGGCCACGCUGGAGAUGCUGUUGUUCUCACAGCCUUCACCAACAGGAGACUACCACUACUCUGGUAGUGACUUUUGGACCAACAGUGAAAAGAGUCUCUUCACUGCAGCCCUGGGAACUUAUGGAAAAGAAUUUUCACUCAUACAGAAAAUGGUUAGGACUAAGACCGUGGGCCAGUGUGUUGAAUUUUACUACCUGAGCAAGAGGCUCCUGGACAAGCAGAAGAAACAGGAGGAGGAGAACAGAAACGGGGAGAUGGAGCAGCAGAAAACUAUAACGCCCAUCAGUCAGCCAGUGGACAGACAGUUUGGACUGGAGGAGGUGGUUCCCGUGCCGGCAUUGGCCAGCUUCUUCCCCUGCAAGCUGUGUGGCAAAAUGUUCUAUAAAAUCAAGUCCCGUAAUGCUCACAUGAAGAUCCAUCGCCAGCCUCAGGAGGAUUGGACCGACAGGCGGCUGCUACUCACCCAGCGUCUGGCUUUCAGUCGUCCCGGCACCUUUAUCCCCAGCCCGGGCAGUAAUCUGCUCCCGUCCCAGACCUUUUCCCCUUCUGGCCUCCCUGGAACGCCAAGCAACAACAGCAACGCAGACAAUGUCCUCAACUCUGUAACCAAUAGCAACGCCAGUGCUCCCAGCAAUGCCAGUGUCUCACAUCCCAGCACUGUGGUAACAUAUGGCAACAUCACUGCUUCAAACUCUCAUGUAAUCACUAAUAUUGAUGGCGGUGAGUUAAAUCAAAGAGAGCCCACCACUGUUAUGUCUUUCCACCAGUCAUGGGGCUCAUUUGGACAUGGCCCAGACCCCACUACCUUCUACUGCAACACAGAAGGGAAAGACGAUGUAGGAGCUGGGACAGUGGAGGGAAAAGAGCCAAUCAACUGGCAGUAGUGUUCAGCUGUCCCGAAAGCAUUAGAAGAACUGAGGACUCAUCCAAACUGUGUUUGUUUGUUUUUUUAAAUCAAACUAACUUUUAAUUCCAACUUCAGCAUAUUUUUCAACAUAUUUUAAGAAAACAUGAUCACUUUUGUAUGCUUUUGUUGUCAAUUGUGUAAUUAAAUGUGUUACAUAUUUAAAUGUUUAUUUACUUGACAUUUGAAUAAAAUUUACAACCUUA